AUGGCACUCACAGAACGGCCACGCCGUAGGAGCUCGGAGACAAGCAGCCGCAGCAUGAUUGCGAAAGGUCUGAAUGCUAAUUUAGUUGUUAAGUCCGGCAACGACUCUCGGCCGCCAAUGAAGAAACGUCGCAACGGCAUGCUCGACCUCAGGAUAUCUAUAAAGUCACCUCGAUUCCAAAUCUCGAGAGAAAACUCACUGGGAUCGCCAUUGCUACGCCUGCCUGCGGAGAUUCGAUGUAAAAUUUACGAGUACGCCCUAGGCGGAUAUGACAUCUCCAUCGUUCGUCGAAUUGCGAGCACCUCCGGCAAUGCUACAGAUUUCCUGUCUUUCUACGAUGGUGUUGAGAUUCCGCGCGGGAGCAGGUCGAUUGAGAAGCCAAAUAUUGGGCUUCUUCGAGUGUCGCGGCAAAUUUAUGUCGAAACUGCCUUGCUGCCGUACGUCUACAAUACCUUCUGCUUUGACCUUGCUCUCGGGAAUUCUACAUUCACGCCUUGGAUGAAAGCACGGCGGCCAGCGCAGAGACGAGCAGUGCAUUGUAUUAGGCUGCAUUACCGCCACCUGGUUUCCAUAUUCGCCGAGCGACGCAAGCCGCUCAGAGCCUUCUUCCCAAACCUCAAGUACAUCGACGGUACGGAUUACAUGGUUAAGUACAUGGUUAAGUACAUAGCCCCAGCAAGUGCCAGCCAUCUGGAAGCAAGAAUUAGGGAUGCAGAAGGCGACGAUGUACGUUUGAUACUUCAACCCCGGGCCCAAUCUCCCGUACACACUGAAUAG